AUGAACGCUCUGAACUAUGACGUUGAUGUGUCCAGCAGCGGUGCCCUGCAGAACAGCCUGUUCAAGGUCGAUGACCAAGACAUUCGCAAGGGUAUGGAGACACUUGUCUCCAAGUCGAUGCAGCGUGCCAAGUACUUCAUCGCUGGCAAGACGAACAAGCAGCUGUGGCCGCACUACGCUCUUAACACGCCCCUUUACACUCACUUCACUUGCCCCACUCGUCGCUACGCCGAUAUCAUUGUUCACCGCCAGCUUGAGGCUGUCCUGUCUGAGGGCAAGAUUGAGUACACUGAAGAUCUUGAGAACCUUGUCAAGACCAUUGAGUCAUGCAACACCAAGAAGGACUCGGCGCAGAACGCUCAGGAGCAGAGCAUUCACAUUGAGUCUUGCCGCGAUAUGGACAAGAAGCGUCAGGAGGUCAACGGCGAUCUCAUUACUGAGGGUAUCGUUAUUUGCGUUUAUGAGUCGGCCUUCGACGUGCUCAUUCCUGAGUGGGGCUUUGAGAAGCGUGUGCAUUGCGACCAGCUGCCUCUCAAGAAGGCCGAGUUCCGAAAGGAGAAGCGCGUUUUGGAGCUGUACUGGGAGAAGGGUGUGCCCAGCUCGGCGUACGUGCCCGAGGAUGAGCGUCCCAAGGCAGCGGCUUCACAGCGCGUUACGAACGCACGCGCCGCGGCUCGUCAGGCCGAGGAAGCGGACCGCGCCCGCAAGGAGCGCGAGGAGGCGGCGCGCAAGCAGACGGAGACUGGCACCAUCUCUACGGAUGAUGUCGAUGCCCUUUUCGAUGAUGACGAGGACAAUGCGUCGGAUAUUACUGAGGCCAUGGCCGGUGCGUCUCUCGCGGAACGGCCCACACAGAGCGUCCCAGGCUCGCCGACUCGCACGUCGUCCAACGCCAAGGGCCUGCAGAGGACCCGAUCGGACUCGAAGGUGCCCGUCUCGGAGGCGCCGGAGACGCGCCUGUCGAACAAGGAGAAGUACCUCAGCCUGUUCAAGCUGCGUGAGGAAGGCGGCGAGUACAUUCAGGACGUGACCGAGAUGACGCGCGUGCCGGUGAUUCUCAAGACGGAUCUUACCAAGAGCCCUCCGUAA